UUAUGAUCUGGUUGGACAAACCCAAGCAGCACCUCUUCAAUCUCAUUUAGCGAUGUUUCCACAGCCAGUACCAAGUCAAAUUCAGACCACUGUGAAUGAACAUACAAAGAAACGAAAUGCUCAAGCUGCGGUGAACUACAGUCAUGUUUGCGGCAGCAACUAAGAACUUUGUGAAGCAGGUGGGGAACACUGGACGGCUGGUCCCUGUGCCCAGUCUAAGUGAAGCCGACCGAUAUCAACCCCUCAGCCUGGUGACGAGGAAGAGGAGACGACAUUUCUGGAAGAAGACCAAAUAUGCCACAACCCCCUUCUCCCUGAAAGACAUACUCGUGGGAGAGAAAGAGAUCACAGCAGGGGUCUCCUCAUAUCAGCUCCUGAACUAUGAAGACAAGUCUGAUGUUUCCCUAAAUGGGCGUUUGGGGAACCAUCUGAUCCACGAGGUGGGAGUAAACGUCAGUGGUUCAGACUCUGUGGCGGUAAAGGCCUCAUUUGGAAUUGUGACCAAGCAUGAGGUGGAAGUUCCUACAUUACUGAGGGAGCUCAAUGCAAGGAAAGUGGACCUUGAUCACUGCUUGAUCCGUCAGUCCAAAGAGAAUGGACGCACUGUCCUGUGCAUUGUCAUGGAGAGUAUCCGCACCACACGACAGUGUUCCCUCACCGUCCACGCUGGAAUGCGUGGAACGACCAUGAGGUUCCAGAUAGAUGACGGUCGAAAUCCUAAAGGGCGAGAUAAAGCCAUUGUUAUUCCAGCCCACACGACCAUAGCAUUCAGUGUGCUUGAGCUUUAUGUGCGUCUUGAUGGACGUCUUGACAUAUGUGUAGCACCAGAGUCAAUGGGAGGGUUUGAGAGGGAACAGAUACGUGACCAGCUCGGGGGAUUCAUUGGCCGCUUUUCCUUUGGAAGACUCAGGAGAUUCCUGUCUGGAAUCAUCUAUGGGAAUCCUUUCAGAGCAGAUGACAGGACUUUUGAAGAGCUCACUCACUCUGAUAUGUACAUGGACGAUGUCGUGACGGACUACUACGAGAAGGCUGCCAGCAUGACUGACCUGUCCACGGCCUACCUGCGGGAUGAGAAGCACAUACGUGUAAAUCUGCUCAACCAUAACAUACCUAAAGGACCGUGCGCCCUGUGUGGCAUGGGGCAUCAGAAGCGCGAGACAGUCUAUGGCUGCCUGGAAUGCUCUUCGGGGGGACACAAAUACGUCCGUCUCCACGCUGUACCGUGUUUUGACCUCUGGCACAAAACCUUGAGGUGAGAAAUGGCUUGGAGGAACUCCCAGGGUGAUUUUCAUGCAGACCUUGUGCAAUAUGACCACAAGAUGUACAACCAUCAUCUUUAAUUUCAGAAAAAAAACACAAGAAUGUUCUUUGCUCAGUGUUAGUGGCACUGACAUUGUAAACCAAUGAUUUGUAACCAAACAAAUGAUUGUAAACCAACAGAUUCGAAAGA